CUGAAAGAAAUCAGGCAGGCAAUAGGGAUCAAGCGGCUGGAAGCUAUCAAGAUAGAGAAAGCGCUUGCAGCAGCCAAAAACUCAUCGUACGAAUUGAAUCGGGCUCUGCGAACAUCGGCUGCUGCAAACACCAAGAUCGCUGAGAGCACAAGCAAAGCUGAGAAGAUCUCGAAUGAAGACUAUGUAGAAAAGAUGGAUCUGUUGCCUCUGGUCGUCGAGCAUCUGUCUGCAUGCAAAAAGGUCGUCUUCGCAGGGACAGAUCCAGGCCUUGUCGUAACAUCUGUGGCAAUGCCAAGAACUCUCGAGGCGAUCUUCUCCAACAUCAACCGUUUCCAAGCUCUCGCAGACGGCUCCGAGAAAGAUGACUUUGACGUCCAGAGGCUCCCAAAGUCCCACAAGAUCACAGCUAGCCGCGUCAAUGAGGUCACCUUUGCAAGGCGACAUCAGGUCAAGCGGGAGAGAAGACGGCGGCAAGGCAUAAAUGAUCAGAAGAAGCGUGCAAAGGAAAGCCGAGAGCGGGAGCUUCGAACGAAAAGAGCCUAUGGCAAGAUCGCGGCCGAAGAGCGGCGCCACAUUUGGACCCACGCCAGCACUUCCAAGCAUUCAAACAUCGUUCAUCUCUUUGGCGAUUGGCGGGGGAUCAAUUGCGGAAUCAAGGGUCACACCCGCCGAGGACUCAAGCGGAUUCGAGCGGAGCAUAGAGCCUUCAGCAAGGUUGCGAUGACGAACGAGUUCAAUACCUCGAAGACCUGCUCGUAUUGCUUUUGCCGAGUUGUCCUCCACAAGGCACGCCGAGUCGUAGACGGGAAGCAGAAAGUCGUGCGGCUGAACGGCGCAGUAGAGUGCGUGAAUCCGCGGUGUCCGGCCAAGAAGCUGAAGUAUACGACACGAGGGAGAGAUGCUGCCGCUGCUUCCAACAUUGCGCUCUCUGGCGCAUCGAUAAUUCUGUCGUCGGACCACACGGCGCUCCCCUGCUUCCGGCGCAACUCUAAUAACACAAGGUACAGCCUUGCUACUCUGCCCACAGCCGCGGCACCAGAAUUGGUUCCUCCCGGCUCCAUUCGGAAUGAAUGA